AUGAAGGUUGUCAAUGCGGCGCUGGCGACGCUGUCAGGCCUGAAUAAAGCUGGCUUCCGUGCAAAGUCGUCGAGCGGCCCACCGACUGCAGCAUCGUCGGGCGCUACGCCAACCGCAUCCGCGACACGACCAGGAUCCGCCACCUCCCUUCGCGCGACAUCUUCGACUUCUUCGCUUCGCACGACCGCAGCGCGCUCCGCGACGUUGACAAAGGCGACGCAGGCAGUGAGAGACUGCAGUCGAGCUUUGAAGGAGCUUCGGACACUCGCGGUAGACGGAGUACUCGGCAAGAAGAAGGUCGACGUCGAGAGGGCGGCCGGCAGUAUCGUCGCAAACCUCGUAGAGAUGGAGAUGUACCGCCCGGCGGUCGUCGAGUUGGCCGCCAUGCGCGCCAGUCUGCUGUCCUGGUGGACCUCCUCCUCGUCCCGCACAACACCGUCCCCUUCUGCAUCACUCGCCUCUUUCGCCGACACACUGCUCUUCCCUCUACCUUCUGACGCCUUUUUUGCCCCGACCUCGCUCGAAGAAACCCUGAAUCGGUCGUCCGCCCGCCCGUCUUUCGCCGACCUCGCCCCCCUUGUCCUUGCAUCGCAGCAAUACCUCCUCGCAUGUCUCUUCCGCUCGGACGAGGAAGACGCUGGAUCGCCGGAGGACAAGCUGGCGAAGCUGGCGGAAGUCUUGCAGAAAGGGACAGGCGGGCCGCUGGAUUGGCGUCGAGCGCUUGAUCGAUGGGUUGAGGACGAGCCGGAGAAAGAACAGCUUAUCAAGCGGCUCGACGCGAUGAUGACGAGCAUGUUCGGUACGGUUACGAAGGGGUGCACAGGGCUCGAUGUUUCUGCAGUCCCCGACGACCUACUAAUCGUCCGCACCCACGCGCUUAUGUUCUACUCGUCCACUUCCGCCCUCUCUUCCUCCAAUCCCGACAAGCUAUCCGCCUUCUACGACCAAGUCCGCAAGACCGUCCUUCUUUACGGUCGCGCCGCCGAGCAGGCAGGCUAUACCGAGGUGCGGAUAGGCGAGGGCGUCAAGGAGGCGUUCGAGAGCAUCGUUGGCGAGCUGGAACGGCGAGGCUUGUUGGAGGUUGGGAAGAACGGCGGGGCGAAGUGGCGGGAGCUGUGUGAGGUGGUUCUGCACAUCGCAAGACGAGCCGAUGACCUCGCCUUUGUCGAGCGCAUCUCGACUCUGCUUGGCGCCGACAACCGUUCUUCGGCCAGCCCUACGGACGUCCAUCCUGACCUCCUCAGCUCCCAAAUCUGCGCGAAACUCGCCAGCGUCCUCUCCGUCUUCGACAUCUGGGUCAAGACGUCGGGUGCGGAUGAUCGAGGCGUUGUCGACCAGAUGCGGAGGUUGAGCGGACUUCUGCCGGUCCUGACCAAGUUGCGAUGUGGCACCACCGCCGAGGGAGGACGUGCGCCAUCGAACGACUCGAAGUCGAAGAUUGACAAGACCGUCGACCGGCUUCGAUACGUCUUCGCCAAGCACGUCAAGUCGGGCAAGAGGAUGGAUCAGCUUUUGACGCCAGCGACCGUGGCUGCACCUCCAGCUGACGAGGUCACAGGGCUCGCUAGGGUCGCGCUCGAUCGGUUUGCUCAUCACGCCGAGCAAAUCCUGGCGGCGAAUGCGGUCGAGGGCAAGAACCGGUCCUACCUCGCCGCGACGACUGUCGACACUCUCCUCCUCCUCGCCUACUCCGCCCUCAUCGUCGACGACCGUUCGACCGCCUCGCCAUGCCUCGCCUUCCUCGAACGCUGCCUGCCACUCGUCGGCUUUUCGCCCUCCACCACUCUCGCUCUCGACCUCCAUUAUUCCGUCCGUACCCUCACUUCGGCUUUCUACAACAUCGGCGGAACGCUCUUCAACGCUGGUCGACCAGAACUCGCCGUCAACUUCGUUCAGCGUGCUUGCGACUUGAGCGCGAAGGUCCUCGACCAAGCGCGGCGCGACGGCCCGCUACCAUCAAGCAGCGGAUACGACCAUGAUGAGCUGUCGAGUCAGCUUGACAAGCUCAAGCUUGAUUCCGGCGAGAACGGCAAGGAGGAGAAGGAAUUGAGAGAGGCGCUGCAGGACUUCGAGCGAUUGAUGAGCCGACCGUGGGAGCUGCUCGCGAUGACACGCUAUGCCAUGGGUGACAAGCGAGCUGCCUACGAUGCGUAUGUCGCCGCCGUCCACGCACAGCCUUCCGCUGUCUUGGCGACUAUCGCCACCGCGGCCGGUCAACAGCCUCUCAGCGAGAUUCUCUCGACGCACCACUCGCUGUACAAGCAGGUCGAACGCCUCACUCGCCUUGGCGCCUUCGAUCUCCUCCUGCAGCCCGCCCUCAUCCCGCUCGGCUCCACCCCUACUCUUUUGCCGACAUCAUCGCAGGACGUGCGAGGUGUCUUGCUGGAGAUGCAGUUGGCGGUACUCGAAGCGCAGACCGAGUCGCAGGAAGGUCGCGCUGCCGCCGCUGCCCUCCUCGAACAGCUACUCGCCAUCUAUCAUGCCGACGAGACGCCGGUCAGGCGCGCGCGCGUCCUCGUCAAGAGUCUUCAGCAGUCGUGCGCCGGAUGGCAACAGGAUUCGGAGGCUCAUGCGCGCGCGCUGGCGGACGAGAUUGCGGACCUCUGCGGGAAAGAGGAUCUUCAAGAAGACGGUGCACUUCGACCGUUUGCCGCUCAGUACAACGCCCUCUCGCACCUGUAUCUCGCUUUUCGGCUCCAAGCGAUUCGAACCGCAUCCGCCGACACCAGCGAUGCCAUCGCCUCGGAGGCUCGUCAAGCAUUGCAGCUUCUCCACGGCGUGCUGGACAGCGACUCGAAGUGCGCAACACACCGGCCCUCGACCUCGCCUCUCCUUCCGCGGCAAGCGGCAGCUUCCCCGGCGAAGCCUGCGAGUCCGCCUCAACCCACGCCAGCUCCAAUACGGCGUCGCCCCGCUCGCAUAGCGGCUUCGGCAGCCACGCCCGCCCGUUCUCGCCUCGGUCGGUCUGGACGAGGUGCAGCACCAGCGUCAACAUCGCCGCAGGUCACUCCGCCGCGGAGAACGAGCGUGGCGGCGGAUCUGCGCGAGUCCACGCGCACGCCCGCGCCGAAGAAGCUCGUCCCGCGCGGUGUUGACAACGUUGUCGGUUUCGACGGCGCCGACAGCGUCUUCAAGAGCUUCGAAUCGAUGACCUCUUUACUCGGCGUUCUUGGACAAGCUCUGCUCAAGAUCGGAUACCUCAAAUUCCUGCGGCAACUUGCAGAGAGGCUUGACGAGGGUGGUACCGCCUACGUGAUCGCAUCGACUGCCCUCGCGCGGGAAUACCUUCGCCUCGGCAAGACGUCUCGAGCGGGACUCGUCCUCGCGCAAGCAGAAAGUCGCCUACAAAGCGCCGCCAAGGACGAGCAGCCUGUCACUGUCGAUGCUCAAGUCUCGUACUUGCUCGUCGACGCCGAGUACCUCGCGACGUUGGGCAAUCACGACCGAAGUGCACAAGCCUACGAAGCGGCUCUUUCGCUCGCCGACGAGCUCGCCAGCGCAACGCCAGCGUCGGCGACGGCCCGAGUUGUCGAACGGACUUUGCUGCUCCAGCGCGCCAGUAUGGCUGCGAUCACUUGCUCUUACCUGCUGCAGCGCAAGGGCGAGCUCAGCCGAGCACUCCCGCCGGCUAUCCAGGCGAUGCGGCUCGCCACACGCGCCGUGAACAACCUCUCUCGACUCGCGUCCUCGCCGAAGCCGGCAACACCGUCCGCCCCCGAGUCCACCUUCACCGCGCCCUUGUCGGACCACGUCACGCCGCUCGCCGAUGCUCCACUUAUCAACGAACGCAAGACCAGCACGACAAUUCUCAGCGGUUUCCAUGCCGGUCUCUCCUGGCGGCUUCUUGAACUCCUCCUCGCAACUAUCGAGCGCGUCGCCGUCGUACACUUCGUCCGCGGCACCCCGAAAUCCGCCGACUACUUCGCACAGCAAGCGAUCGACCUUGCCGAAGACGUCGGAUCCGCCAACGGAAUGGCUCGGGCGCUUCUCUUGCGAGCCGACGUCCGGCUACAAUGGGGCAGGCAGGCUGAGGCAGCUGCCGAUCUCAACCGCAUCUCCCAAUUGCUGCGCUCGGCGUCAACACCCGAGGCAGCCGAGCUCUUGCGGCUUCAAGGCGACCUCCAUCUCCGCGAGAACAUGCAUCGGGAAGCACAGGAGCUCUAUCUCAACGCGAAUCGCGUCCUCGACACCUUCAUUGCGUCGGCGAGCGAUGGUGACGCCGGUCAAUCGCCAGUGAAGCAUCACACGCCCGUUCAGAACGGGUCGGCGGGUCGGCGCCGCGUCUCAGGACCCUCCGUCCACUUCGCACACCUCUCGCCAUCGCCUAUCGCGUCGAGAGUCAGUCCCGCAGGAGACUGGGUACUCCCUGCAGUGCAGGGUCGCCUACUCCGGAUGCAAGCGCAUCUUCUCGCGCCGCAGAGCCAGAACGACGAGGUCACACGCCUGCUACGUCGCAUUGCCCGCCUCGCUUCCCUCGAGGAGGAGAAGGCAGACGAGCUCCGUCUGGUCGUUGCGCUCAAGCUGCGCGAGCUGCUCGCGCGGUGUAGCUCCGACCCGGUCCUCGGCAUGCUCCCGGACUCGGUGCUAUCGCUCCCCGUAUUCGGAAUCUCAGCCGCCGGCGCGGCACCGAAGGUCGGUACGCCGCGCACUGGACCGACGGUUGUCAACAUCGUCAAGGAUAUCGACAACCUGCUUGCCCGCGCCGUCAACUUCAGCGUCUCUCGCGCAUCCGCCAAGAAGGUCCGCGAGCUCUCGCUCCUGUCAGCCUCCGUCCGAGCAAUGCAGGCCAGCGUCGGGAAGUCGACGAAGCGUUCGACCGCAACCAUCGCACACCUCCUCGACCUGGGAGUCGCUGUCAGCCUUCGGCGCGAAAUGGCCGAAGCUGUCGAGCAAAGACUCGACCGAGCGAUCCGCCGCGACGACAUGACUUGGCCUUCGCUCGACCUCGCGCCUGUCCCUACCUCGGAAGACAUCGACGAGCACUUGCUCAAGGCCCGCGACCGGUACCGCUUCGAAGCUGCCGAGCCCAUCCUGACGGAACAAUCCAUCUCCACCCUUCUUUCGCCGGCCUGGUCUGUUCUGACCUUGCAUCUGACGCCGGAACACGACGCCCUCAUCAUCUCGCGCCACCGACACACCGACGAGCCGAUUGUCUUCAAGCUGCCGCUCGAUCGCCUCGCACGCCGCGAGGGCGAAGAAGAGGAUGCCUUUACAUUCGACGUCGCCAUGAAUGAGCUUCAGGACAUUAUCGAGCGGAACAACUCCGGCGCGCAAAACGCCAAGCUCGUUGACGGAAAAGAGCAGAGGGCAGCGUGGUGGGCGGAGCGAAAGGAGCUCGAUCAGCGGCUAGGCAACUUGCUGCAGACGGUCGAGGAUGCCUGGCUCGGGGCGUUCAAGAGCGUCUUCUACGAUGCGAGGCUGCACAGUGGCGAAGCCUUUGCGAGUUUCCGGACUCGCAUCGAGCGCAUCUUGAAGCGCAGCAUCGUUCGCGCCGCAGGAGACCAACGUGCGACUCGCUUCAAGCUCGACGAUGCCAUCCUCGAAUGCCUCGCCGCUCUUCCUGCCACAUCUCGCGAAGAGGACCUCGAGGACAUGUUCUACUACAUGGCCGAGUCGUUCCAGUUCAGCGGUGUACCUCUCGCUUCGGACGAGACCGACGUCGAUCAAGUCGUUGUCGACUUGCGCGAAGCGCUCGAAGAGCUGCACGGAACCAAGUCGGCCCCGAAGAGCAAGGCGUCGCCCGACGAGCACACCUUCCUCAUCCUCGACAAGCGACUGCAAGCGAUCCCGUGGGAGUCGCUACCUUGUCUCCGCGGCCGUUCCAUCAGUCGCCUGCCUUCCCUCUCCUUCCUCCGCGAUCGCCUCGACCUCGCCGCAGAUCGCGCGCCAGGAACGCCGCACGACUUUGUCGUCGACCACGCCCGCACCUCUUACCUCAUCAACCCUGGCGGCGACCUCAAGAACACGCAGCAGACCUUCGAGCCUUGGCUCCGCGAGCAGGCCGACAAGCACGGCUGGACUGGCGUCGUCGCGCGGACGCCGCUCGAGGAAGAGGUGAAGCAGAGUCUGACAAGGACAGAGCUCUUCCUCUUCUUCGGCCACGGUGGCGCCGAGCAGUAUAUCCGCUCGCAGACCAUCCGUCAACUACCUCGCUGCGCCGUCACGAUGCUCUGGGGUUGCUCGUCCGGGAUGCUCAAGGACCAGGGUGACUUCGACCCGGUCGGCACGCCUUACCACUACAUGGUCGGCGGGUGCCCUUCGCUCGUCGCCAACCUCUGGGACGUCACGGACAAGGACAUCGACAAGUUCGCCUUCUCCGUCUUCCGCAAGACUGGUAUCGCCGAGCCCGAGACUGCCUCUCCUCCUCCUUCUCCGCCACUCUCACUCACCGCCGCCGUCGCCCAAUCUCGCGUCGUCUGCAACCUCCGCUAUCUGAACGGCGCAGCGCCCGUCGUCUACGGCAUCCCCGUCCGCUUCGCCCUCUCGCAAUCGCAAGUGUAG